AUGUGGAAGUUGAAACAAGACUAUAUGACGUCACCAAGUUCCGGUAUCACGAUGUGGAAGUUGAAACAAGACUAUACGACGUCACCAAGUGGUAUCACGAUGUGGAAGUUGAAACAAGACUAUAUGACGUCACCAAGUGAUCCGUGAUCCGGUAUCACGAUGUGGAAGUUGAAACAAGACUAUAUGACGUCACCAAGUUCCGGUAUCACGAUGUGGAAGUUGAAACAAGACUAUAUGACGUCACCAAGUUCCGGUAUGACGAUGUGGAAGUUGAAACAAGACUAUAUGACGUCACCAAGUGAUCCGUGAUCCGGUAUGACGAUGUGGAAGUUGAAACAAGACUAUAUGACGUCACCAAGUGGUAUCACGAUGUGGAAGUUGAAACAAGACUAUAUGACGUCACCAAGUUCCGGUAUCACGAUGUGGAAGUUGAAACAAGACUAUAGGACGUCACCAAGUGGUAUCACGAUGUGGAAGUUGAAACAAGACUAUACGACGUCACCAAGUGAUCCGACGAUGUGGAAGUUGAAACAAGACUAUACGACGUCACCAAGUGGUAUCAAGAUGUGGAAGUUGAAACAAGACUAUACGACGUCACCAAGUGGUAUCACGAUGUGGAAGUUGAAACAAGACUAUAUGACGUCACCAAGUUCUGGUAUCACGAUGUGGAAGUUGAAACAAGACUAUAUGACGUCACCAAGUGAUCCGUGAUCCGGUAUCACGAUGUGGAAGUUGAAACAAGACUAUAUGACGUCACCAAGUGAUCCGUGAUCCGGUAUGACGAUGUGGAAGUUGAAACAAGACUAUAUGACGUCACCAAGUGGUAUCACGAUGUGGAAGUUGAAACAAGACUAUACGACGUCACCAAGUGAUCCGUGAUCCGGUAUGACGAUGUGGAAGUUGAAACAAGACUAUAUGACUUCACCAAGUGAUCCGUGAUCCGGUAUCACGAUGUGGAAGUUGAAACAAGACUAUAGGACGUCACCAAGUGGUAUCACGAUGUGGAAGUUGAAACAAGACUAUACGACGUCACCAAGUGGUCCGGUAUCACGAUUUGGAAGUUGA